AUCGGAGGGGGUGGUUUGUUGUCUAUUCUCUCGAGACGGAUUCGUUGAACCUCUUUCCCCGAUAGUGUCCUUGACCGUUCUAUUACAAUACGCGCUCGCUUCUUGGACACCUAUACACUGCCAAUAUCCUUCAACGCCUCUCAAAAUGGCCUCAAUCUUUGAGGAUUUCAAGAAUGGCCAGAAACUUGGCUCCGGUCACCAGCUAGCCGCAGCUCUUACCCCCGUCUCAACCUCCGCGAAUCCCGGCCGAUUACAAUCAUUCUAUUACUUCUCCAAUGCUGCACAUCUGUCUUCCGACCUCCGCUAUUCGCUCUUUCAGGCUAACGGCAUAAGGCUACCGAAGCAGGAACAAAAUUCAUGGGUGGACAUCUUCGCGGCCUACUGGAACGCCGUUGGGGAGCUGGUUCGGUUCGAGGAGGCCCCUUCGCGCGCCAGCUGGGUCAAGGUGUUCAAUGCCUGGAAGGAGACGGCUAAUCAGCUAAUUCGGGGGUACUCGACGGGUGGGCUUCAAGCAUGGACUGUUCCCUGUCUAUACGUGGUGGGGAGGUAUUUGCGACACUUUGCGCGACAAGCGGAUGCCGAGCUCGCCUCCCAAGAGUCGGAUGGGUUUGGGGAUGGUUUUCAGGACGACGUUGCGAGUGGAUUAGAGAAGAAUGCAAAGCUGGAAGAAGCGACUCGAGUAUUGAAUCGGAUGUUCACGCUAUGUCUCACUGACCGGUCUCCGAUCGAGGAAUCGCGAAAGUGGGGGGUCUACGAUACCACCAAUCUACUGUUCAAGACAUACUUCAAACUCAACACCAUUGGCCUGUCGAAGAACUUACUGCGUGCGCUUAAUGCGCAAUCCGCCGACCUUCCCGACCUUGACGCCUUCCCCAAGUCCCACACAGUCACCUUUAAGUACUACGUGGGAGUCAUCCAUUUCCUUGAUGAGAACUAUGCCGAGGCCGAGCAGCAUCUGGCAGAAGCAUGGAGGAUGUGCCAUCGCAGCGCAAUGAAGAAUCGAGAGCUCAUCCUCACCUACCUUAUACCUUGUCACUUAGUCACAACGCACACACUACCCAGCAAAAAGCUGCUUGCGCCCUUUCCCCGCCUCGAGAAGCUCUAUCGGCCAUUGUGCAACUGUAUCAAGACCGGAGACCUGGGCGGCUUCGACGCGGCGAUGUCAGCCGGAGAGGAGGAGUUUGUCAAAAGACGCAUCUACCUACCUCUUGAGAGGGGGAGAGACAUCGCCUUACGCAAUCUCUUCCGCAAGGUCUUCAUCGCCGGAGGGUUCGAGGAGCCCAAGGACGGCCAGCCUGCGAUUAGACGCACCAGAGUCCCCGUCGGCGAAUUCGCCGCUGCAGUCAGAAUUGGCACGCAUGCAGAUGAGCGGUCGCGGGUUGAUAUUGACGAGGUGGAAUGUCUAUUGUCGAAUUUGAUUUACAAGGGCCUGAUGAAGGGUUAUAUCGCCCGCGAUCGUGGUAUGGUCGUGUUGAGCAAGGGCGGUGCCGCGUUUCCAGGGACAGGCGUCUAAGAUGUUCCGCUUGUCAGGCUUGUGGACAUGAUCAAUCGAUCUUAAUCACCCCGGCCGUACAUAAGUAUCGACAUCACAUGAGACCCUUCCCGGAGAACUGGUUACGCGAGCUUACAGCUAUUUUGUGGCCGGUCGACCGUCAUGGCCUUGACCUGCACAUGCAACUUACAUCAAUCCAUUAUUACGAGGCCUAUCACCAGGCUCAGCGAUUGUAAGUGGUGCGGCAUAUGACCGGCGCCACCAUGACUACCCAAGGGAAGAUAGCACGAAGAUUAUUUAAGCCAGACCACAGUUGGGCGACACAGCCCAUCAUAAGUCGAACGAGAAUGUGAAUAGUUGCUGUUUGUUUAGGCAGCGAAACCAGACACCCAGCACAGCAUCAACAGAUUCUCAUUGAAUAGAGAGAUUAACCAGCAUCCAACCGCGCCGAAGUACAGACAGUAACUAAUUUAU